UCAGCCUGCCCAUCAGCCCGCUCAUCAAACCACGAUGCCAAGGCAGCUUCAGUCGGGAUGAUUGGCCUGCCCGUCUGCUGCUCGGCUGAUGACGGGUCGCCGGGACGCGCCCUCAACCCUGAUCCCACGUUUGCGCAUCCGCGCAAUGGGGUCUGGACGCGUAUCACUGUCGUCGGCGCAUUUCCAAUCCUCUCCAUGGUGUUUUUAACCAAGCCACCAGCUCUCCUGCCUGCUGUCUCCUCCGUCCCCCCGCCAGAGCACAUCUCCCUCGACCCUCCCGCCGCCGCCGUUGCGCAAUGGAAGCCAUGCCCUCAUGCAAGCACUCGUACUUUGGCCUGCCCCUGCUGAGCACGGCCAAGCAUGCUCAGAGAAGAGACUCUCUUUCAUCCUCGAGAACCCGCGAUUCGGGCUACAACAGCGACCCCGACACGCUGUCGCCCCUGGAUGCCGUGGGCGUGGAUCACGAAUUUCUUCUUGCGCCUGUUCCAUGCGUGCCGAGCAUUCUUACCAACACCAAGGCUGCCCCGUUCAGACUUCACGGCCAUCCCUAUAGGUCAGGGGGGCUCGGCCGGCACAGCAUCACAAGUGACCCUGCCGGAGCCGAUGCGCAUCGGGCAAUCCCGCAUCCCGAAUUAGAAACCAUCACUCAUCACACGUCGGUGAAAAUUCUGGGAGCCCAGCAGGCCGCUCAGGGUGAUGAUGAUGUUGAUGAUAUAGAGCGGUGGGUAAACGAUAAUCUUCCGCUGCGCACUCAACCAGAGCAACGGUCGCUGUCCAUCAUCUCGCUGUCGACCACGAGCAGCUGCGAUAUGUAUACCAAUACCGACAUUAGCGAUGAUGAGCAUGACUAUCAACGGGCGUCUUUUGUCGCUCAGCCACCCAAAUCGACGCUCAAAGUCAUCGAGCUGAUACUCAGGAGAAUUGAAAUCAGUCUUCAGCAUGCCGCGUACAAGCAAUGCGCAGGGAAUAAUACCUCGAGCGCUCCAACUGCACCGUACAUCUCACUGGAUCAAAGCAGCCGCACUACAUCGCUAAGCACGGGGUCGAAACGAAAGUCGCGCCAGGAAGGGACUCCGCCGCCAGAUGACGACGAUGAAGGCAGUCCAAAUAAGCGGCGUCGCGGAUCAAUGGCAACCUCUGAUGAAUCCGAGACUGGCGUGCGGUUUGCGUGUCCCUUCUACAAACACGACCCGAACCGAUACCGCAACAGGCGUACGUGUGCUGGGCCUGGCUGGCCAACUGUUCACCGCAUGAAGGAGCACUUGUAUCGCUCACACGCCCAGCCAAUCUUCUGCCCCAUCUGCUAUGCGACGUUCAAGUCGGACAAGGACCAAUCGAACCAUGUGCGCUUGCAGCAGUGCAAGAGGUCGUCGCCACAGCAGAUUGAAGGCAUUGACAGAGAGACGGUGUGGACGCUGAGAAAGCGCACUACUGCGUUGAGGCUGGAGGAGGACAAGUGGAGGGACGUCUAUCAGACCCUGUUCCCAUAUGUUUCGCCUGAGGACAUCCCAAGCCCAUUCUAUGAUUGCGACUCUCCCAGUGAAGCUUCACGGCGAUUCCGCCGAGAUCUGCUUCGUCGCGUGCAGGAAGAGCUGUACUCUGAAGCCGCACAGAUGCCCAGUCCCGUCGAGCAGCAACUCCUGCAGCGUGUCGCUGAGAUUGUGCGGCGGUGCGAGCACGACCUGCUUCACCAAGCCCAUCCAUCCUCUGCUCCUAGCUUUACCACAGACCGACGUGCUAGCGCUAGCUCAAUAGGCAGCUCGUAUCAAGCCACACCCGCACCCAUGCUUAGUCCAGCACCCGUGCAGAGACCCUCGGCGUCUGCUCUGGCUUUCCACAACCAGCAAAUGCAGGGCCCCGUGUCUCUGCCGGAUACCAUGCAAUAUAUACCGGAACCCACGGUGGAGUUCUCGAGUGUAGUCUGGGAGGAUCAGCCCUGCAACCCGUUUAGUUUAGGCAUUGACUGGGAUGAGGUGUUUCUGUCGGGCCCGAGUAUGCAGUAUAGGAAUAGCGGCGAGCCUGUUGCAGCGCUCUCGAGACCCAUGUGGGCUUAG